UUCCGGGAGGCAACCGUGGAAGCGAAGGGGAUGGGCGCUUCUGAGACCGACGGACUGAAGUAGUGGGCACGGAACAGGAGGAGUUGGCAGCCGACUGGCCUUCGGGUCCAGCAAGUUCUAGCCAUGGACCGGGACCUUCUGCGACAGUCGCUGAAUUGCCAUGGGCCGUCGCUGCUCUCCCUGCUCCGGAACGAGCAGCAGGACAAUCCGCACUUCCGGAGCCUCCUGGGGUCGGCGGCUGAGCCUGCCCGGGGCCCGCCGCCCCAGUUACAGGGCAGAAAAGAGAAGAGAGUUGACGACUUUGAAAUACAGAAAUUCAUUUCCAAAAAAGCAGAUCUCCUUUUUGCGGUUUCGUGGAAGUCAGAUGCGCCUGCAGUUUCUGACGUUAACGAGGACAGUGAAGAUCACUAUGCAGUCAUGCCACCUUUAGAGCAAUUUAUGGAGAUACCUAGUGUGGACCGAAGGGAGCUGUUUUUCCGAGAUAUUGAGCGUGGUGAUAUAGUGAUUGGAAGAAUUAGUUCCAUUCGGGAAUUUGGGUUUUUCAUGGUGUUGAUCUGUUUAGGCAGUGGCAUCAUGAGAGAUAUAUCCCACUUAGAAAUCACAGCUCUUUGUCCACUGAGAGACGUGCCUUCUCACAGUAACCACGGGGACCCUUUGUCCUAUUACCAAACCGGUGACGUCAUCCGAGCUGGAAUCAAGGAUAUUGACAGAUAUCAUGAAAAACUUGCAGUAUCUCUAUACAGCUCAUCUCUUCCGCCACACUUAUCUGGUAUUAAAUUAGGUGUUAUUAGUUCUGAAGAGCUUCCUUUGUACUACAGGAGGAGUGUUGAACUGAACAGCAACUCUUUGGAGUCCUAUGAAAAUAUCAUGCAGAGUUCCUUGGGAUUUGCUAAUCCAGGAGUAGUUGAAUACCUUCUAGGAAAACUAGGAAUAGAUGAAUCUAAUCCACCAUCUUUAAUGAGAGGCCUGCAGAGCAAAAAUUUCUCUGAAGAUGAUUAUGCUUCUGCAUUAAGAAAGAAACAGUCUGCAUCUUGGGCUUUAAAAUGUGUGAAGAUUGGAGUUGAUUAUUUUAAGGUUGGACGCCAUGUUGAUGCUAUGAAUGAAUACAAUAAGGCUCUGGAAAUAGACAAACAGAACGUGGAGGCUUUGGUAGCCAGGGGAGCAUUGUUAGAAGAAGAAGAAAAGUUUUUAAAUGCUGAAAGUUACUAUAAGAAAGCUCUGGCUUUGGAUGAGACUUUUAAAGAUGCAGAGGAUGCUUUGCAAAAGCUUCAUAAAUAUAUGCAGAAAUCUUUGGAAUUAAGAGAAAAACAAGCUGAAAAGGAAGAAAGACAGAAAACAAAGAAAAUAGAAACAAGUGCAGAAAAAUUGCGUAAGCUCUUAAAGGAAGAGAAAAGGUUGAAGAAGAAAAAAAGAAAAUCAACUUCUUCCUCUUCAAGUAUUUCUUCUGCUGAUGAGUCAGUUUCUUCAUCAUCAUCUUCCUCUUCCAGUCACAAAAGGCGUAAGAAACGUAAGAGGAACCGAUCAGAGUCAUCUCGCAGUUCCAAAAGGCAUUCAUCUAAGGCAUCCUCAAGUCAGAUAGAUCAGAAUAGGCAAGAUGAGUACUACCCACUUCCAGUCAAUACUUCAGCAUCUUUUCUUAACCAAAAACAAGAAGUGGAAAAACUAUUGGAAAAGCAGGAUAGGUUACCAUAUCAAAAGACACAGGUAAAAGACAAAGAUAGAUAUCCUCUCUCUUCAUCUUCAGUUGAAAUUCCGGAUGAUUCUGGAGGUAGGUCUGAAGAUCCAAGAGAUUUUUAUAAUAGCUGUAAAACUCAGGCGAGUAGUAGCAAGACAGAAAAGCCAUAUAAAUCAGAAAGACAUUUUUCCAAUAGAAGAGAUUCUGCAGAUUCGUUCUGUAGGAGUUCAGAGGACAAGAUAAAAAAUUACGGUUAUAGGAGAGUUGACAGGGAUGUAGAGGGAAGAAAAGAGCAGUCUAGAAGGUGGGAGCCAGGGUCGGGGAGAUACUCUGCUUCGCCAGCAAGCUCAGAGUAUUCUUGGAAGUCACUUGAAAAAUAUAAAAAGUGUACUUAUUCUGGAUCGCGUGAUUUUAGUAAACAUGAGCAAAGAUACCAAUUAAAUACUAAUCAAGGAGAGUAUGAAAGGGAGGACAGUUGUGGGGAAGAUGCUAAAACAGAGGUUCCAGAAGAAGAUGGACUCAGUAGCAAAGAGCAAUCAGAAAGUAGAGUGAAGAAGAAUUUACCUCAAAAUUUGCUCAAUAUAUUUAAUCAGAUAGCUGAAUUUGAGAAAGAAAAAGGAAACAAGCCAAAAAAUUUGUAAUUAUUAUGCCAAGGAAAUCACCGUUACACUAAAGACUGUUCAAGGUUUUUUGUGUCUUUUAGUCAUAGCGGUUUCGUUACAGAAGUCUCUGCUCCUAAAAUUAUCUUAUUUGUGGAGAUUGCAAAGAGCAAAAUGUUUUUGCUUUUUCUCAAAUUACAUUUGUUUCAGUUAUAGGUCCCUUUUUCACAGCUUGUUUUUUAGAGUUUCCACGUGUAUGUUUAUGUACAGUAUUUCCUGCUCUGAUUUAACUUGUUCACCUGAAAAUAAUUCUUUGAAAGUAUUGUUUCUUCAUUGUAUGAUGGUGGAUGAGAAUUGCUGGAUCCACCUUUCUGCUGGUUGAGAGAAAAAUUUCUUUGUUGAACACUUGGUUUUCAUCGAAAUUUCUAUUAAAAGCCCUCAGCUUUUGAAAGAGGUUAUAUGUUUGAAUGUUCCUGAAGUACUAUUUUACAUCCAUCAUUUAAGUGUUGAAUUUUAACAAUUGUUUUAUUCUAAACUCGUAGAUUAUCUGUCUUGUUUAAUUGGCCUAAGGCCUUAUUUAAUUAAAAUAGUUUGUGUACCAUUGGUUUCUACCCAGCUCAACAAGUUCUUUACUAUGAUAGGAGUAAGGCCAUGAAGUUGAACAGGAGCUCAUUUUGCUUAUUUCUCUGUUAACUCUGUUUACCUUCUUGCUAGAAUUAUAGCCCUAAGAAAUUUUUUAACUUUAAAUAUUGUCAAGACCCUUAGAGACUUCAUCAUUCCAAGCAAGAGUAGAUCAGAAUAGAAAAGCAGAUAGCAGUGGCAAGAGUAGUACACUGUAAAUCUGGUUUUCCUCUAGGAAAGAAAAUUAGGAAACUGUCCUAGUAGUGCAAAAUGUCCAUUUAGGAAGGCAGUGGGCACGUUUUCAAGUAGCCUGGAGCUGGCCUACCAUUUCUGCUUUUUUCUUUCCACCUUCUCUCCCGAUGCCUCAUUUCUCAGGGUCUGUGAAUAAAUGGCUAGACCAGUGAGGCCUGAUUUUUACUCAGAAUAAAUUCCAACAGCUAGAGCUAAAGAAGGAAAGGACUUGGAUUGUAAGGAUUCUCCCAGAAUAACUAAGCAGUAUUAUUAUGUGCUCCUUGGGAGAUAAAGGUACGAGUCAUAGGCAGUUAGGUUUAUGAUGGUCUUUAGAAUAUUCCCAAU